AACGUCUUGCAGUAAUGCUUCAGCUUUACCGGAAGUCAUUGGUCAGACCGGAACUAAACAGCAGUGGAACAGCUCGAAGAGGAUGGCGCUUCAGAUUCUCGAAAAGUAAAAAGUGUACGUCGUAGAGGACUGGGAAAACGGAGGAGCAGAAUGUGGGGGGAGUCUCAACCUGGUACUAGUGCAGGAAGUGGUGGUCAGGGUUACUGUGGGUUCUGCAGAGUCCUCUACAGAAAUCUGGAUGAGCACCUGUCUAGUCUCAGACACCAGGACUCUGUUAGAAUUUCCUCCAGAAGCUCCUCCUCCUUUGGCAGUGUCAGCAGCAGCAGGGCGACACUGUUGGAGCGUUUCCUGCAGGACGUCCUGCUGCACCACCCACACCGCUACGGUGACCCCAGGCCGUCUCAUGCUGACCUGCCUUCAGUCUUCCUCCCUCUGUCACCUAGACCAGAGCUCGAUGAUGUUCAUCUCUCUGAUAAUGACUGUAUAUCCCAGAGCAUAAAAGAUUGUUUAUCAUGCUCGGACUACGCCUCUUGUAAGCCACCCAAUCAACAAGAAGAGACCCACCACAGCCAAUCAGGAAGUACACACUCACAAAAGACCCCACCUCUGCAGACCAGGGCUCCACUGCGCAUUUACAGAAAAGCUCACAGAAAGACAGACAGAAGAAAAAAUAGUGAUCCUUCAGAAGUCGGCCUCCAGGACCUGACCUCACAAAGGCCCCACCCAACAGAACAGCCCCACCCGAGUCAUCAGAAAGAGGGGACAGCGGAAUUUAAUUCUGAAAUCGGGGACACGGUGGAGCAAACCAUUGAGGAGGUGAUACAGCUGGUUUGUGCUGAUGUUAUUUCCAGUCAACAGCAAAUCUGUGGGAAUUUGUCCUGCCAGCAGGAGGAGACGCAGAGUUUGCACAUCAGCGUUUGCACAUCCCAGAGCGAAGAAUGGGACACUUACAUUCAUGUGGCACAUAAUAAUGGGCAGGGCGAAAGUCAUGGAAAAGGCCUGGACCGCCUUUUGGAUCUGCAGGUUCACCUGGAGGACCAGGUCUACUCACAGCAGCUGGAUUCUGCCCUGAAAAGUCAUCACAGAGCAGAGGAUGGAGCUGGGCCAGAGAAAAUUGAUUUCCUGACCCUGCCCACUCCUGAACAUAUCCCACAAUCCUUCAGAGGAAAAAGCUGGCUGGAGAUCCAGCAAGAAGAUGAAGAGAAGGUAGAGCAGAUGGUUCAACAGUUUAGGAGAGGAGCGUUUGUCUGCUACUUUGACAGUGACAGUCUGGCCAGGUAUGGACGGAGAACCCGAAAUAAAAAGAUGUGCAAAAAGAGCAAAGAGGAAGAAGCAGCGGCUGACCUGCUGUUAUUGGACUGUAAUGAGUCCGAGUACGAGCAGAGGAGGAGCAGGAGGCGGAGCGUCAGGGUGGCAUCCAGGUGUCAGGUGGUUAAAGUCAGCCGCAGCACGCAGACCCUGCAGUUUUUUCUACCUGCUGUUCAUCAGGCUGCUCCAAAGACUCCACCGACGACUGUCCCCGCUGCAACCAUCCAGAACACAGUUGAAAGGACACCUAGGUCAAAAAGGCAAGACAUCCCCUCAUUCCUCCCCAGCAUUGUGUCCCCGGUGCAGCCCCAUACGUCUGUGAUUUACCUGCUGGGCUCUCCCUCCGGCCCUGCCCCAGGGCCCUCAGUAGGCUCCACCUCCUCCAGAAGCUGCAAGCGGAAGAGGCGACCACUCCACCUGCAGGGGCCAAAGGUGAAAUACAAACCACUCCCUGUCAGCUUCUAUGACCUUAACACCGCCCGCAUUCUCAGUCAUGCACCCAAAAAGAGCUUUAUCUGGAAGCAACACCAUUCCACAGUUUCCAUCAGCCAAUCCCCAUCUUGCAUCCGUCAGCUGUUCCGAAGUCUGAGUCCAGAACUGAAUGCUGACAGAGCACAAGACGAGGGGCCUUCAGACUCUCAGAGUGUAGCCGCCAAGACAUCAUCAAACAUCAGCAAGAAACUGGUCAGAGGGCGGAGCAGAUCUGAGAAAGCAAGGGGAGGGAAAAGGGAGAGAACACACCCGCUCCUGUCCAAAAGAAGAACCAGGAGUCAGACCACGCCCCAUUUAUCCAGGAGAGAGGGGCUGAGACGCGGCACCUCUGUCUGUAAUGAGCUCGGUCAUCCUCCUCCCCGCCUGCGAAGAAGCCGCAGGGGGCAAAGCUAGCUGAGCUGAAUCAAUCGCAUUCUUUAAAUGGCAGCUAAAGACACUGUUAGACACUAAUGUUAGUUACUGGUUGGCCUUAUAGUGAUGAGUUGAAAGAUAAACGUUGAUCAUGAUGAUGAACAUGCGCUAGCUGAUGUUAAGCUAACUUUUAGCCAAAGUUAGUAUAUCUGAUCCUAAAAUUUAGCUGAGAAAUUAAAAGUUACUGUUAAGUCAACUGUUAGUUAAACUUUUAGGUGAAACUUAGUGCUAGCCAACAGAGAGAAGUAAAUGAAAGAAAAGCUAAGCUAAAGGUUUACAAACACUGGUGACUUUACUAAGAACCAACAGCAGAUGUCCAACAAACAGAGUAUGAGCCUAAACUGAG